AUGCAAAAACACUGACAGUGACAGUGUCGCGAGUUCGCUAGCACAGAAUUCUGUCAGGCCCUUGACACAAAAGAAAACUAAGUUAGUGCCAUGACGAAACAAAUGUGAUGUCAAUUGUUUUUUUCGAGCCAUGGGAUACUAAGUUACGUGCUCAUCGCCUGCUAGCCUGCUACUUAGCCAGUUAAAGCUUGCUAAAACGUCAGCUAGCUACAUAGUGGUAAUGUUGUUGCUAGCGUUCUAGCCAACUGGUGUACAGUAGUCUGAACAUAUCGAUAACUGUUAAAUAGCUCUGACGUUAAACCCAAUCAAUGACUCUAAACUGGGGAAUAAAACUGGAAAACCAUGUUCGACCCAUUUGUGGAUCAAGUCUGGGAAGAACUGGGACCGCUGGAUCCAAACUGGUUUGAGGAGCUGACGUUGAAAGGACCGAUCACUGGGAAUGACACUACCACAGAAGAAGAUCCAUUGAGCACGAAAAUACCAACAGAAGGUCGAUCUUUUAAACCACCAGUAGAUAAAUCUGCAGUAGACAGUCAGCUGUUCUCUACACCUAAAGUUUUUAGAUGUAGUAGAGUACAUUUUCCUGAAACGGAUGAAGAUGGGUUAUUCUCCUGUGAAAAAGUGUGCCAUGAAGGGACUUCAGAAAAAGUAACAAGUCUGGUAUGGAGAGAUAAAAGCCCAAGCUUAUUUGGAUCAUGUGAAAAUGGCUGGUCAAAAAAAAAGUCAUGUAAAAUCCAGGAGCAAGAAAGUUUUGAGUUGUUGAGCACUCCGAAACCGUCUGUGAGAAACUAUGUCAGGCAGAUAACAGAAAGCCUUGGUGCACAGAUGGACUCCAAUGUGUCGUGGACAAGUUCACUUAAUACCCCACCUGCUCUAUCACCCACCAUUAUCUUGUCUAAAAACAAGGACAGUGUCGUUCCUGUAAGUCUGUCUGCGGACCGGGAGGUCAUUUUUGUGCGGAAGCUCUUCCCCUCGCUCUCAAAUACUGCAGGUCCAGUGUUGCCAUCAGAAAACACUGCAACUUCAGUUCAACCCAGUAAUUACCACCUUCCUGUUCUCUCUCAAGAUCUUUCAUCAGAUGGCAGGAUCUGGAGGCAGACAUUGCCAGAUGCUAUCGAGGAUGGAGUUGUUCGCAGCACAGUGGCUAGUGUUUUGGAUGGAAGCGAAGAUGUCCUCUCCAUAUUCUUCAGUAAUAGCAGCUCUGCUUUACGAAGGGUUAAAGUUAAGGAAAGAAUUAAAAGGAAGCAGUCCAGCUCAACAAAGGGACAAGACCCUUUAACUGUGGGCACUGACCAAUCCAGUGAGAUGGCAGAGGACGAACACAGCAAGGACACCACAGUGUCCUCAAGGAUCACCAAAAAAACUGGGGAUAUGGGCAUAACUCAGUGGACUCCAAUAAAUCUAUCAGAUAAUGAUUUGGAUACAUUAUGUCAUGAUGCGACACAGACUGCCCAAGUGGAACCCAGCCCCGUCCCUGCUAAACCCCAGACAGGAGGAGCAGUAUCCUGCCAGCCAGGGGGGUCCCAGCUGGUUGAAUCUGGGGUUAAAGUUUCACUAGACUGCUCUUUCACCAGAAAGACUAGAAAGUUUGUAUACUGUAUCCAGAAUCCCCAGCCCCCAGCACAAGGAAAAUAUUCUCAGAAAACGGAUGCAUCAAAUGGAAAUGUACUCAGUGGUGACAGGGGACAUAUUCUCAAUGUGAGAGGACAACGGCCUGAAGAAUUGAACAAGAACCCCCCCGAUGAGAAUCAGCAGCAAGAGCAGGGAUGUGUGACUGCCCCCCUUGCACCAGCCAAAGACCCGGAUCUGGAAAUGUCCCAGCUUUGUAGAGUGUUUGCACAAGAUUUCAGUCAAAUGGUGGACUCUGGUAAAGCAGACAACAACAUAGUGGAUCCUCUUCAACACGGUUUCUCUGCCUCAGCCUGCCUCUCAGCAGUGAGACGAAGAAAAAGACAACAGCCGUCUAAACGAGAAUCAAGUGGAACGAAAGAAUCUGUCCAGCAUCAAGACGGUGAUGACGAAAACGACGACAGGCUUAUCUGUGUGUCUCCGUCCAGCAACCUCACUAAUCUAAUAGUACAGGAUAGUGGCUAUACCUCCACCUCAACAACACAAAUAAACAGAUCAUCAAAUCCACCACCAUGUUGGGGCUUUAAAACGGGCAACAAUAAGACAAUUUCUGUAACACCACAGGCACUACAGAAAGCCAAGUCUGUAUGGUCUGUCUUUGAUGACUUACAAGAAAGCUUGUCAUUAAAUAUUACUGAUGCCAGUACAUCUGUCAGUCAAGUCAACCAGGACAUGUCCCCUUGUAAUGAAAGUAGCUUGGGUGCUGAAAUACAUUUUGUAAAACCACUGAAUAGUGUGAAAAAGUCUCAGAACACUGAUAGCCGAGUCCGUGGGACUCAAAGCCCUUUAACAGCCUCACAGCAUGCCGAUGUCACCGAGUUGUGCAGUCUUUUAGAAGAUGCAGACAGCCAGUUUGAAUUCACACAGUUUAGACCUGCGAAGUCGAGUUCUCGUGUUCCAGAAAGUGUGUCCCCUCACCAGUUAUCUGAGAAAGAACUGGACCCUGACUUUCUUACAGGAAUAGAUUUUGACGACAGCUUUAACUCUGAAAAACAGUUUGUAAAGAUGGCAAACCCUAGCAAUAUCUCUGAAAACAAAGUUCAUAUGCACACUAGCAGCUUUGAUAUGGACAAGUCUGAUGUCAAAAGUAGCCCUAAAUUAGCCGUAGGUUUCAAAAUAGCUGAAGAAGAUCAUGUGCGGGUUUCAGCUCAGAGCAAAGCGAGGGCCUUAUUUGCAGAUUUAGACGAGAACUGUGAGGCAACAAGAGAUGCAUGUUUUGACAGCUCUGUGAUGGCAUCAGCUAAGGUAAUUGAACCCUUACCUUUGAAACAUCAACUUGACAAAGCUUCUAAUGUUGAACAUUUAGAGUCUGUUGAUGGUGAUACUGCCGACAGUAUUGACUUGAUGUGCAUUGAACAGGACAUCUUAUCAAAUUCCACACACAACCACAAGACUAUUGCAGGUUGUUCAAGUUUGACUGCAGUUCACCUCUCUGAUAUCAAAGUGGAUGUACCUGAUGAAAGUGUUGACCCUGGGAAGAGUCCACUGUACGUGCUACAUUCUCAUAAAUCACACAGUGGUUUUCAGUUGGCCAGUGGUAAAGGGGUCACUGUCUCAGACAAAGCCAUUCGAGAAGCCUGUGUUAUCUUCAAAGACUAUGAGGUUCUAGAAAGUGUAAUGUGUGUUUCACCGGCGCGGGACAAACCCUGUGAAGAAGUUCCUGCAACUUGUAGCGGCAGAUUUGAGAGAAAGAACUGUGGCUUUAAUGCUGCUGGUGAGACGAGGGCGCAUGUGUCUGGUAAGCCUCUUCUGAAGCCGGAGGCUCUGUUCAGUGGCAGCGGUGAGCCUGGGCUAACGCUCAGCAUGAACAGUGCUGUGAAGACAUUAAAGAAUCAUCAGCGGGACAGUGAUGGUGGCUUCAAGAAGCCUGGUACUAAACCAGCCACAGUCUCUGCAGAAACCUUGUUAUCUGACAGGGCACAUCAUGUCAAUGUGUUGCAAAGGGGUUGUGGAUUCAGCACUGCAAGUGGGAAGAAAGUCGCUGUGUCUGAUGGAGCCCUACAGAAGGCGAAGGCCCUGUUGAGUGAAUUUAAUGAGGAUGGAACUGAAAAGGAAGAAGUGAGAAUAUGUCAUACCAGUCCAACUAAGACUCCGACAGAGAACCUUGUAGGGUUUAAGACGGCCAGUGGAAAAGGAGUAGCAUUGUCAGCGAAGGCCCUUGAACACACCAAGGAUUUCUUCAAAGACUGUGACGCUAACCCAGACGGCUCUAAACUUGCAGAUACAAAUGAGAAGUCUGUUGAAAAAAGGAAUACUCACAUGAAUGCGGGGAAAAGUAAUUGUGGUUUCACAACAGCUGGGGGCAAGAAGGUGCAUGUCUCUGAAAAAAGCCUGUUGAGGACAAAAGCCCUCCUGAUGGAAUCUCCUAGGAAAAAUUGUGGUGAUAUUAACUUGACUAAACCUGCUUGUAGGGAAAGGGCCUCAGGAUCAACCGGAGAUCACACACAUCCUUUACCCAGUGACCAUGAGGCUGAUGCAAACCAACUUCCCAACACAGUGUCGGAUUCUCUCGAUGAGUUAGGGAAGGGUUUUGCUUUUAGCACUGCCAGUGGAACAACAAUAUGUGUGUCGGACACUUCCCUCCGAAAAGCCAGGUCUCUUCUCAAUGAAUGUGAUGCAACAGGAAAAAGGGAUGUUGUGAAUACUGACAGAUUGGAUUCAGCAAAUACUUUGUCACUGAAAUUGCCUCAAAAGCCUCUUUUCAACACAGCUAAUGGGAAGGCAGUGCCUGUUUUGGAGAAGGCCCUUCAGGAGGUUAAGUCUGUUUCCGGGGAGACUCUUCACGUUAAACAUGACACAACAGCUCAAAGUACUGCAGAAUGUUCAUUUGGAUUCAGCACAGCUAGUGGUAAAGGGGUGCAUGUGUCUGAAAAAGCACUUCAAGCAGCUUUUGACAAAUUCAGAGAAACUGAAAACAAUAUUGUACAAUGCAAGCCUAUUAGUGAAAAAAGCGAUUCCAAAACACCUAUAGAGAAAAGGCCAUUAAUGCCAGGUCAUGACCAGCUUGAGCCAGUGACUGCUAGGAAACCAGAGGAUCGUGACACGGUCCUGACCAGGGAUGGAAGAGAACACCUAGAGGCUUCUUCCUUGUUGAACCUGGAGUCUCUUGGGUUUAGUGGCUGUACAGACACCCAGCAGGAGUACUUUGCUCAGGAGGCCAUGGACAGCACCAAGGCUCUGUUAGAUGAUGAACACCUGUCAGGCCAGAGCUCCAGAUCUUUUGCUUUUCACAAAAACCCUUUAGAGAAGAAUCCUACCCACAGCGAGCAAUCUGAAUAUAGAACCAGAGGAGCUGGAAAAAGGACAGGAGAGGAUGCUAAUGUAAAAGAACAGCCACCCUUGAAAAGACGACUCUUGGCUGAGUUUGACAGAACUGUGGAUUGUAACAAGCGGUCAAUCACACCUGUCAAAAGUUACUCAGAUGGGAUGCUGAAAGACAGGAGAGUGUUUAAAUAUAAUGUCUCUCUUCAACCUAAUAUCACAAGACCAUCCAGGGAUGCAAAGAGCCAUGUUGGCCUGACUUUGAGUAAGGCUGAAUCACAGAGCAGGAGGCCAGAGCCAGUGCCAGCAGACAUCAAGCCUUCCACUGCCAGGGGAGCUGUCUUUGUUCCUCCGUUCCGGAAAAAUAUCAAGACGAAGACACACAGGAGCAAUGUUCAACAGGAUAAAGGUGGAACACCUGUCAUGCUGGUUCCCCAAUUUGGAAAACCAACAAGUAGGACAACUGAUGGAGACCCGCAACCUCCAAACAAUAACACAACCCACCACCUUUUUAAAAUACUGGCUAAGACCAGUGAACCAUCACCUGCACUGGAAACCAAAGACAACCAAAGCCCUGAAAUGGAAACUAAUUAUAGUGGCACGGUAAACAAAAUGAAAAUAGACCCACAAAACCAUGAGAAGAUAAACCAACCCAGUGGUGAUGAUGAACAAGAUGUCUCUGAUAAUGCACGACAGGAAACCAUCACAGAGGGCUCCACUUCAGACCAGGCAUCCCCUGGUAGCCACGAAGUGGAUCUCCAGACUUUGCAGCUAGCUCUGGACAUGCAGAGCAUGAGGCUGAGGAAGAAGAAGCGUCAGAACAUCCGUCCGGUACCAGGGAGCCUGUUCCUGGCCAAAACCUCGGGGGUUCCCCGGGUGGCUCUGAGGGAGGCUGUCAGAGGGAGGUGUCCUGUCCAGCACACCCAGAAACAGCUGUAUGUAUACGGAGUGCAUCAGCGCGUGAGUCAGAUCAGCAGCGAGAAUGCAGAGUCUUUUUGCUUUCACUGCCAACACUUUUUCAAACGUGAGGCGUUGGCAGCUGGAGUUCAGCUUGCUGAUGGGGGCUGGCUCAUCCCCAGGAAGGAUGGCAGGGCUGGGAAAGAGGAGUUCUACAGAGCGCUGUGCGACAGCCCAGGUGUGGACCCCCAGCUGAUCUGCGAGGCGUGGGUGUAUAACCACUAUCGCUGGAUAGUCUGGAAGCAGGCGGCCAUGGAGAGAUGUUUCCCGGAGGUGAUGGGGGGUCUCUGUCUGACUCCAGAGCAGGUGCUUCUGCAGCUUAAAUACAGAUACGACGUUGAAGUGGACCACAGUCGACGGCCGGCUCUGAGGAAGAUCAUGGAGAGAGACGACACAGUCGCCAAAACCCUGGUUCUCUGUGUGUGUGGUGUCGUGUCCAGGGGACAGAACCGACCGAGCCGGGCUAAAGCCAGCUCCCCCCAGGUGGCCGGCAGCAAGGCCGACUCACCAUUUGGGGUCAUCUGGCUGACAGAUGGAUGGUACCGCAUCAAGGCCCAGAUGGACGCCCCGUUGACGGCCAUGCUGGCCAAGGGUCGCCUGGCCGUGGGGGGUAAGCUGGUGAUCCAGGGAGCCCAGCUGGUGGGACCCCAGGCGGCCUGCUCCCCUCUAGAGGCUCCCGAGUCCCUAAUGUUGAAGAUUUGGGCCAAUGGCACCAGACCUGCCAGAUGGGAUGCUAAGCUAGGGUUUCUGUGUGACCCCCGACCCUUGCUCUUCCCACUCUCGUCCUUGUAUGGCAACGGAGGUCCUGUGGGCUGCGUGGACUUGGUGGUGCUGAGAAGCUACCCUGUGCAGUGGAUGGAGAGGAAACCAGAUGGAGGCUUUGUGUUCCGUACUGGACGUGCUGAAGAGAAGGAGGCCUGUCGCCACAGCAACGGCAAGCACAAAGCUAUGGAGGUCCUCUUCGCCAAGGUCCAGGCUCAGUUUGAGAAGGAGGACAAUGGUAAGAAAACCAGAGGGCGAAGGGGAUCGUUGAGUCGUCAGGACAUUGAGGAUCUGCAGGAUGGAGAGGAGCUGCAUGAAGCAGUGCAGAACGACCCAGCAUACCUGGAGGCCUCGCUCAGUGAGCAGCAGAGAAAGGUCCUGACCUCCUACAGGAGCUCCCUGGGGGAGAGGAGGCAGGCCCAGCUUCAGGAGAGCUUCCGCAGGGCCCUGGAGGCCGAUGGGGGAGUCUGUCCCGACAGGGAGGUCACUCCAGUAUGGAAGCUCUGUGUGGCAGACUCCAGAGACCAGCGGGGCACCAGUGUCUGCAUGCUGAGUAUAUGGCGUCCUUCCAUGGACCUCCAGUCUUUCCUGAGGGAGGGUUGUCGAUACCGGGCCCACCAUCUCUCUACGUCUGAAGGCAGGAAGCGAUCUGGUGGAGGUUCAGUUCAGCUAACUACCACAAAGAGAACACAGUUCCAAGGCAUGCAGGCCUCCCAGGACUGGCUGGCAGGGAAUUACCAUGCUCGUGUGGCAGUCAGCUUUCACGAUCUCUGUAAUCCUGAAUUCCAGCCAUUCUGUGGAGAGGUGGAUAUUGUUGGAUAUGUCAUCUCCAUCACUUCCAGCCAAGGUUUUUCUCAAGUAGUAUACAUGGUAGAUGGGAAGCUGGACUUUGUGAAGGUACACUCCUACAGUAGCUUGGUUCAGCUGGGUUUGGAGGAUCUUGUGAAGCCUCGGGCCCUCCUGGCUGUGAGCAACCUGCAGCUGAGGCCACUGUCCAGCCCCAUCCCUGGUCUGCACGCCAGCGACCUGGCCCUCUUCACCUCCAACCCUAAGGACUCCCAUCUGCAGGAGGCCUUCACACAGCUUAGGGCACUGGUCCAGGGCCAGGAGCACUUCUUCUUGAGUGCAGAGGAGAGGCUGUCGAACUUGAUCCCAUCUGAUCCCAGCACCUUCUCCUCCCCAGCUCUGCAGCCCAGAACUCCAGCCUGGAAGACACAAGAUGGAGGGAUACAUAAAACCCCUCAGCAGCCAAUCAGAGGCUUUGGAUCCAUGACUCCCAUCAACAGUUGCCUUCCACCACCAAUCAGCUCAUCAGGAAAACUAGACCCAAAGAGCCUGAAGAGAAAGAGGGGACUGGACUCUCUGUGUCGCAUUCCCUCUCCCCCUCCAAUAUAUCCCUUGGGCACCAUGACCACCCCAUGUGUUAACAAGACAUUCAACCCCCCCAGGAGGUCUGAGACCCCAGGCCAGACCCCAGCUCCCAGACCAGCCCCACCACAAGUGGAGGAUGAGUGGGUCAACGAUGAAGAGUUGGCUAUGAUAGACACACAGGCUUUAUACAGUGGACUUGGAGAAGAGGUCACAAAGUGACAGGUGUUAUGAAUGUCAAGAGACAUUGCAGAUACAGAUUGAAAGCUGCUAUGGAUCUCAGUGUCCAAAUGGUGCUGUUUUGGCUUGACUUUUCAGCCUCUUUGCGAAUAAAACCAUGAGUACAUUCAUGAUCAUAUAUUCAUGAUUGACAUUUGCCCCACUGCUUCUUAACAUUAAUGUUGUUAAGUAAAAUACUACACUCUAGUUUUUAGUUUUACUUGGUGAACAGAACAUAGGCUACAGUUUUUAUGGGUGUACAUAGUGCUUGUGGUUGUGUAAAUGUUCUUGUCUUCAUUCUUCAAUGUGUAGCUGUAUAAAAAUGUUCAAACGUUCACGC